AACUCUCUCUCUCAAAAAAAAAAAAAAGAAGAAGCUCCAAUGCCCAUGACUGACUGAACAAAACAUUCUCUCUUUCUCUCAAUUGAAACCCCAUUUCCACUUUCUCUCUGAAAACAGAGGAAAAAACAGAGGAAAAAACAGGGGAAUGGGUUGUAUUUCAUCAUCAUCAUCAUCAGUUGCAAUGUGGAGGCAGAAUAGAAUGUUACUCAAACUAUCAUUGUUAUUAUUAUGUAAUUAUUGUUUUAGUGGAGUAAUAGGUUCAGUGUCUUAUGAUGAAAAAGCUAUUGUUGUUAAUGGGCAAAGAAGAAUUCUUAUUUCUGGAUCCAUUCAUUAUCCUAGAAGUACCCCUGAGAUGUGGCCAGAUCUUAUUGAGAAAGCAAAAGAUGGAGGAUUAGAUGUGAUUCAGACUUAUGUUUUUUGGAAUGGGCAUGAACCUUCUCCUGGACAAUACUAUUUUGGGGAUAGAUAUGAUCUUGUUAAGUUUAUCAAGUUGGUACAAGAAGCAGGUCUCUAUGUUCAUCUCAGAAUUGGACCUUAUGUUUGUGCUGAAUGGAAUUUUGGGGGAUUUCCUGUUUGGCUAAAGUAUGUACCUGGUAUAAGUUUUAGAACAGACAAUGAGCCAUUCAAGAUUGCCAUGAAAGGAUUUACUGUAAAGAUAGUGGACAUGAUGAAGGAAGAAAAGCUUUUUGAAUCUCAGGGAGGUCCAAUAAUUCUUGCGCAGAUUGAGAAUGAGUAUGGUCCCAUGGAGUAUGAACUGGGUGAUCCUGCCAGGGUUUAUACAGACUAUGUUGCUAAAAUGGCAGUAGGUCUCGGCAUUGGUGUACCGUGGGUCAUGUGUAAGCAAGAUGAUGCCCCAGAUCCAAUAAUAAACACUUGUAAUGGUUUCUACUGCGAUUGGUUUUCUCCAAACAGGCGUUAUAAACCAAAAAUGUGGACAGAAAACUGGACUGGCUGGUUUACAGAGUUUGGUGGUCCCGUUCCUCAUCGACCAGCUGAAGACUUGGCAUUUUCAGUAGCCAAGUUUAUCCAGAAAGGUGGAUCCUUUAUGAACUACUACAUGUACCAUGGAGGGACAAAUUUUGGCCGAACUGCUGGUGGUCCUUUCAUAGGCACCAGCUAUGAUUAUGAUGCUCCUCUUGAUGAAUUUGGUCUACUAAGAGAACCGAAAUGGGGUCAUUUGAGGGAUUUGCACAGAGCCAUCAAGCUUUGCGAACCCGCAUUAGUUUAUUCAGAACCCGCUGUCAAGAUACUAGGAGACAAGCAAGAGGCUCACGUCUUCAACUACAAAUCUGGAGGCUGUGCUGCAUUUCUUGCUAACUAUAAUACAAAAUAUUUUGCAAAUGUGGCCUUUGGGGAUAUGCAUUACCAUCUCCCCCCUUGGUCUAUCAGCAUCCUUCCUGAUUGCAAAACUACUGUCUUCAACACUGCAAGGGUUGGUUCUCAAAGUGCUCACAUGAAGAUGACCCCAGUAGGUGAUGGGUUCGCUUGGCAGUCGUUCAAUGAGGAGCCUGCUUCCUAUGAUGACAGUACAAUUACAGUAUCAGGUCUUUUGGAGCAAAUAAAUACCACAAGAGACGUAACGGAUUAUCUGUGGUACUCGACAGAUGUCAAGAUAGACUCAAAUGAAGAAUUCUUAAAGAAUGGGAAGUAUCCUGAGCUCACUAUAAUAUCAGCUGGCCAUGCUUUGCAUGUUUUCAUCAACGGUCAGCUCUCAGGAACUGCAUAUGGGAGUUUAGAGGACCCAAGGAUAACAUUUAAUGAAAAUAUGAAGUUAAGAGCUGGACUUAACAAGAUUUCCAUCUUAAGCAUUGCUGUUGGGCUUCCGAAUAUCGGGCCACAUUUUGAGACAUGGAAUGCGGGGGUUCUAGGUCCAGUCAUGUUGAGUGGUCUCAAUGAGGGAAGAAGAGAUUUGUCGUGGCAAAAAUGGUCGUACAAGAUUGGGUUAGAAGGCGAAGCUUUGGGUCUUCAUUCCCUGAGUGGGAGUUCCACUGUUGAAUGGGUAGAAGCAUCUUUAGCAGCUCAGAAGCAACAUUUAACAUGGCACAAGACUCUAUUCAGUGCACCUGAAGCAGAUGUUCCGUUGGCGUUAGAUAUGGGUACAAUGGGAAAAGGUCAGGUCUGGAUAAAUGGGAAGAGCAUUGGUCGUUAUUGGCCUGCUUAUAAAGCAUCUGGUGGUACUUGUGGCAACUGUAAUUAUGCUGGUACCUAUAACGAGAAGAAAUGCGAAAGUAAUUGUGGAGAGGCCUCACAAAGAUGGUACCAUGUUCCUCGGUCAUGGCUGAAACCAACCGGGAACUUGUUCGUAGUUUUCGAAGAAUGGGGUGGUGAUCCUAAUGGAAUAUCUUUUGUUGGAAGAACUAUUCAAAGUGUUUGUGCAGAUAUUUUUGAAUGGCAACCAACGAUUGCAAACUAUUGGAGGCAAGUUUCAGGCAAAGAUGAUACUCCAAUAAGACCCAAAGCUCAUUUAAGGUGUGCCCCUGGUCAGAAAAUUUCAUCAAUAAAAUUUGCUAGUUUUGGAACUCCAAAAGGAUCCUGUGGAAGCUUUAAAGAAGGGAGUUGUCAUGCUCAUAAAUCCUACAACGCUUUUGAAACGAGAUGCAUCGGUCAGCAAUCAUGCUCAGUAUCUGUAGCCCCUGAGGUCUUUGGAGGUGACCCAUGUCCAAACACUUUGAAAAAGCUCUCAGUUGAAGCCGUUUGCAGUUGAUCCCCGAAAAGAUUCGGUGUAAAUCAAACAUACAAGGCCUCAAAAUUUCUGAGGUUCUUUACAGUUUGUUCUGAGUUUUGUCCCAAAUAUAUAUGCUGUAUAGAUUUACAGCUAGCAGAGAUUGGCACAAGCCAAUUUAUACGACUCGAUGUACAUAGAUUUGUCACUAUCGGCUAACAAGAAUAUAUUGAUUAAUGUAACUCCAAGGUUUGUACCUUCUGUCGAGCCAUAUCGAUUAAUAUCAUUGGAAGUUAACAAAUUUUGUGGGAAAUGCAUUAACAGUCCUGCUUUGUCAACCUUAAAUAUGGAAGUAUUUCUUGUUGUCCAAAAUUGAAGGAA